AAAAGUGGCAACCUCGCGCGCCUGUAAGUAAAACUGAAAAAGCGGAUAAAGUCUGAGAGCGUAGGGCCUUCUACUCCAGUGAAGUGAGUCUCUCAUUGAAGCGAAGCAAAGCAAGAAUCAAGAGAAAAUGUUAGCAAACCCUAGCAGUAGUAGCCUCUUCAAAACUCCCUGUUACUCUCGAACCCUCACUCUCACCCCUUCAAAUUGCCCUCGUCGCCUCCUCACCAGAAAGAAAUCCAGGUUCCGUUCCUUAUCAUUAUCUUCAUCAUCUCACAUUUUCUUACCCACCAAAACCUUUCUUGGUGCUACUAUCAGAGCAGGAGCCGCCUUCCAAGAACAUCAACCCUUGGACUCCGACUCCGACUGUUCUCCUCACCCUUACUCUAUCAAAAUCCCCGUCGGUGAUAGACAUAUUUUGGUUGAGACAGGCCACAUAGGGAGACAAGCUAGUGGUGCUGUUACAGUAACAGAUGGAGAAACCAUCGUGUACACAUCUGUUUGUAUGGCUGAUGUUCCAAGUGAGCCUUCAGAUUUUUUUCCUUUAUUUGUUAAUUAUCAAGAGCGUUUUUCUGCAGCAGGUCGGACUAGUGGUGGGUUUUUCAAACGAGAAGGGAGGACAAAAGAUCACGAGGUUCUUAUUUGUAGAUUGAUUGAUAGGCCUUUGCGCCCAACAAUGCUUAAGGGCUUCAACCAUGAGACUCAGAUACUAUCUUGGAUAAUUUGCAGACACGCAUGCAGCUGUGUCUUAGUCCAACACAUUCACAUAGGGGCUUUUGCUGUGUUUGUGCUCCUUAGAAAUUCCACAUUCACAUUAUGCUUACAGGUUUUGAGUUAUGAUGGUUUGCAUUCCCCUGAUUCUUUGGCAGUCACAGCAGCUGGGAUAGCAGUAGCUCUUUCAGAAGUGCCCAACUCAAAAGCAGUUGCAGGAGUUCGAAUUGGUCUUGUUGGCGAUAAGUAUAUUGUGAAUCCCACAUCGAAGGAGAUGGAAGAAUCUGAGCUGGACUUGUUGUUAGCUGGUACAGAUAAUGCAAUAUUGAUGAUAGAGGGUUACUGUAAUUUUCUCCCAGAAGAAAAGUUGCUGCGAGCAGUAGAAGUCGGGCAGGAUGCAGUACGAGCAAUUUGCAAUGAGGUGGAGGCUUUGGUUAAGAAGUGUGGGAAACCAAAAAUGCUUGACGCAAUCAAAUUACCUCCUCCUGAGCUAUAUAAGCAUGUGGAAGAAAUUGCUGGAGAUGAGUUGGUGAAAAUCUUGCAAAUUAGGAACAAAAUACCUAGAAGAAAAGCUCUCACAUCAUUGGAAGAAAAGGUUCUGACUAUACUUACUGAAAAUGGUUAUGUCGAAACAGAUACAGUUUCAGGAGCUGCUGAAACAUUACCAGAUUUAUUUGAGGAUGAGGAUGAGGAUGAGGAAGUGGUUGUGGAUGGUGAAGUAGAUGAAGGGGAUGUUCAUAUAAAGCCAAAUUCACGAAGAUCUACGCCCUUGCUUUUUUCUGAGGUAGAUGUGAAGCUAGUUUUUAAAGAAGUAACAUCAAAAUUCUUGCGAAAGCGCAUUGUGGAGGGUGGUAGAAGAAGUGACGGACGCGCCUUAGAUGAAAUACGUCCUAUUAACUCAAGAUGUGGAUUACUUCCAAGGGCACAUGGAAGUGCUCUUUUCACCCGAGGGGAAACACAGUCAUUGGCAGUGAUUACACUUGGUGAUAGACAGAUGGCACAAAGAAUAGACAACCUUGAGGGCGCAGAUGAACUGAAGAGGUUUUAUCUCCAGUACUCAUUUCCUCCUUCAAGUGUUGGGGAAGUUGGGCGAAUUGGGGCACCUACUAGAAGAGAAAUUGGUCAUGGAGUGCUUGCAGAGAGAGCCCUUGAACCAGUCUUGCCUUCUGAAGAUGAUUUUCCAUACACCAUACGUGUUGAGAGUACCAUCACAGAAAGCAAUGGCUCCUCAAGCAUGGCAUCUGUUUGUGGUGGUUGCUUAGCAUUGCAAGAUGCCGGUGUUCCUAUUAAGUGCUCUAUUGCUGGGAUAGCAAUGGGUAUGGUUCUGGACACUCAGGAAUUUGGGGGAGACGGAACUCCACUUAUUCUUUCUGACAUAAUUGGAUCUGAAGAUGCCUCUGGAGAUAUGGAUUUUAAGGUUGCAGGAAAUGAAGAAGGAAUAACUGCAUUUCAGAUGGACAUAAAGGUGGGAGGAAUUACAUUACCCAUUAUGAGAAAGGCACUCCUACAAGCAAGAGAUGGCCGAAAACACAUUCUUGCUGAAAUGUUGAAAUGCUCGCCUCCCCCCUUGAAAAGGCUUUCAAAGUAUGCCCCAUUAAUUCACAUCAUGAAGGUCAAACCAGAGAAAGUAAAUGCUAUCAUUGGUUCUGGUGGGAAGAAGGUUAAGAGUAUUAUUGAAGAAACUGGGGUAGAGGCAAUUGACACACAAGAUGAUGGCAUAGUGAAAAUUACUGCAAAGGAUUUAUCAAGUUUAGAGAAGUCAAAAGCUAUUAUUAGUAAUUUGACAAUGGUUCCAACUGUUGGUGAUAUCUAUCGGAACUGUGAGAUCAAAUCAAUAGCUCCUUACGGAGUUUUUGUUGAGAUAGCCCCUGGGCGAGAGGGACUUUGCCAUAUUAGUGAAUUGACUUCAAAUUGGCUGGCAAAGGCAGAAGAUGCUGUCAAAGUUGGAGACCGUAUUGAUGUUAAACUUAUUGAGGUAAAUGAUAAGGGUCAACUUCGCCUUAGCCGCCGAGUACUACUUCCUAAUACAGAACCGGAUAGUCCCAAUGUAAAGCAGCAAACAGAUAGCUCCACAAAAGAUAUAGUGGCUUCUCAAAAAGCACCUGGCAAAGGCUCAGCUAAGAAAGUAGUGAAUGUUCCAAAGGAUGGUUUAGCUGAAAAGAACAUUGAACAACUCGGGGAUAAAAUUAGCACACCAAAUUUAGAAAGUGCCCCUGAGAGUAAUCCAUCAGAGGACAAUGCUCAACUCCCUCAAAAGAAGUUCAUCAGGAGAUUGGUGAGCCCUGCCAGAGAUAGGCCCGAUACAAACAAAGACAAAUCAAAAGGCAGCAGUAAAGCAGUCAGUAGUGUCUCCAGCAAGGAUGAGAAUAGUUUAGUGAAUGGAGAGGCUAAAAUUGGGUAGCAAGUAAAUUGGGUACAGAUACAUGUUGUUCCCACAUGGUCUGAGUGACGGUGCAAGAGGCUUUAUGCUAACAGGAAGCAAUGGAAGAGUUCAAAUACCAUAUUUUGCCGACGGCUAGCAUAAAUUUUAUGAUAACCGUAGCAAAUUGAACCUUACAGUUAUGGCUUUCUGAUCAAGUGUUUUGUAAAAGAAGGCUAAGGGGCAAGGGAAAUAUAUUGAAGCAAAUGACUUCAAUUUAGAAUUCCCAUUUUUGGUGUUGCGUGUUAAGUGUCUCGCUAAAAUGCUUUGAAGUUAAUGGUGCUUCGUCACUGCUGCUUCAACAGUUGCUUUUGAAGCAGUCAAAGAAGAAUGCUCCUUCCUAUUCAAUUUUCUUAUUUAUUGCUAGAAUGUAAGAGUACAGCUUCUGUUGAUUAAAAUACAGUCAUUCUUUCUACUGACUAUUGUUCCAAUGGCGAGAAAACUGUUGUUAAUAAUGCAUUGGUCUCUCUCUCUCUCCAUGAACGAUUUAUUUUCUGGUCACUUCCAAAACCCCGGAGCAUACUAGUUAUGGCAGUAGCCUUAUUUUGCAACUUUCCAGAUUGACUUAGUUGGAAAUUGUCAAUGACGCCCCAACACAAUUUGAAGUAGGUUCAUUUGCUAGAAGCUGUCUGCAUGCUUUUCUUGAAAACGUAUUCCAUUUGUAUUGGUGAUGUUAGAGCAAAACUAUGUUCUUGUCAACUACUAUUUGGCUUACCUUAUAAAUUCCGUUCUCUCCUUUUUACUUA